AUGCUCUCCACCACUCCAGACAUGCGCUCCUCUUUGGCUCCAAUCGUGGCUGCGCUUAUGUUGACCUUCCCCCCAAGCGAAGGCUACAUCUACACCCGCACCUGGAUGGUAAACCCCAUGAUGCCCGCCGACGACAGCGCGGUGCAGGACGAGGUCUUUCGCGUCGAAACCCCCCAGUCCGGCACCUUCUUCAGAGCCGUUGGGGGCUGUGACUCGACGCAGUCCUCCGGGCCAGACCCAUGGCAGGAGCGCUAUCGUCAUCUGCGGUGGCACUUAACCCAACAGCGACUUGGGACCAUGCGCACUGACUUCAAAGGUAUCACGGUGGCCGGCAGCCAGUGCCGGAUCUUCACCCUGGGCCGCGGAAAAAACGGUUAUUCGUACUUACUCCGCGAUGGCGUAGUCUGCAAUGAUCGCGUCCGACCAUACCCUCAAUAUGAUACCGUGAGCGAUUUGCACAAGAUAUUGGCGGUCCUUGCGGAGUUCAAGCGCGAGUGCUGCCAGAAUCCCGCGUGGAUCCCGCCGCCUGAAGCGCACAUUUGA